AUGACUUUGAAUGUGGUGCAGUGCGCACUGCGAGUACUAGGCGAGCCCGAGCCGGAAGUCAAAGCACGGCUCAGUGCUGAGUACCUGGCUGCCUGGCAGGCAGGAGAACUGGGCUGCACCGACCUACUCCAGCUCGUAGAGCCAUGGAAGCUGAAGCGCGGGAAGGGCGGCAGCCUGGCCUCCCGCCAGGCCCUCCUCCACUCCCUCGUCCACAUCGAGAACUGGGCCGUGGACCUGGCCUGGGACAUCAUCGCCCGCUUCGGUCCUGACCCAGACUACCGCCUGCCCCCCGCUUUCUUCGCCGACUUUGUCAAGGUGGCUGGGGACGAGGCCCGGCACUACUCCCUCCUGGACCAACGCCUGCAGGCCACGGGGUCCCACUACGGGGCCUUCCCCUGCCACGACGGCCUGUGGACCUCGGCGUCCGCCACCGGCGGCAGCCUGCCGGCACGGCUGGCGGUGGAGCACUGCACGCACGAGGCGAGGGGCCUCGACGUGCUGCCCCAGACCAUCCACCGCUUCCGCAGCAACGGCGACAGAGCGAGCGCCACGCUCCUGGAGAGCGUGAUUUUCGUGGAGGAGAUCACGCACUGCGCGGCCGGCGUGCGCUGGCUGCGAUACCUGCACGCGCAGGCGUGGGCAGCCCGCGAAUGGCCCUGGCCCGACAGGGAUGGCGGGGGCGGUACGCCCGCAGGCUCGUCAGGCUCCCAGGCGGAAGCCGCUGGGGGCACCCCGCCCCACAUCCCCGCCUGGGUGACGGAGGCCAGGGCCUACGAGACAGUGGAGACCUGGUUCCACGCGCUCAUACGUGCCCACUUCCGUGGGCCGCUGAAGCCGCCCUUCAACGAUGCCGCCAGGGCGCAGGCGGGGUUUGGGCCGGAGUGGUACCUGCCCCUUGCAAGCGUCGGUGCCGGCUGA